AAUUUAAUUAGUUUCAAUAGCACAUAGGACUUAAAAUGAUUUUAAAAUUAAUUUUAUUAAGUGUUUUUAGUGUAAUAGUAGUAUCACAAAAGGUGCGUUAUGAUAAUUAUUCACUGUACAAAAUAGUUCCUGAAACUGACGAUCAUGUAGAUUUUCUUAAAGAUUUACAUGAAGAAUCAGAUGGGUUAGAUUUCUGGAUAGCUCCAAGCAAUGUUGGUGAAUAUGUGAGUUUGGUGGCAUCACCUGAAAAGCAACAUGAAUUAGAACAUUCGCUACAGAGGAGAGACAUCAACUACAAUGUGAUGUUGCAAAAUAUACAAGAAGCCCUUGACAGUCAAGUCCUGGGUAGAAAGAAACGUGAUACGAGACAUGAAAUGUUCUGGACAAACUAUCAAACUUUAGAGGAUAUUUAUGACUGGUUUUAUCAUUUAGCCGAAACUCACAGUGAUAUAGUUAGCAUUAUUCAAGCAGGAAAAUCUCAUGAAGGUAGAAAUAUAACUGGCGUCAAGAUCUCCCGCAGUUCUGGUAAAAGGGCGUUCUUCAUAGAAGGUGGCCAAGUGGCAGCUGAUUGGUUAUCACCAACCGUCAUCACAUAUUUGGUCGAUCAGCUUGUACGAGGUGAUGAUGAAGAGGCGAAGGCAGCUACUGAGGAUUUCGAAUGGCAUAUCUUUCCUAUGAUCAACCCUGAUGGACAUGAAUAUACUAAUGACGUUAUCAGGCUAUGGAUGAAAAACCGCAGACCGAUCAGCGGCGCCGCAGUUGGCGUUGAUCUUACUAGAAACUGGAAUUCACAAUGGGGAGUGAGCGGAGGCAGUUUCAGACCCACAGACAGCAACUUUAUUGGUUUAGGACCAUUUUCUGAGCCAGAAACGCGAGCUAUAUCCCGUUAUGUGGAAAGCAUUAGCCACAAUCUAGCUGGCUUGCUGUCUUUUAGAAGCUUUGGUCAACGGCUCAUCAUACCGUUCGCUCAUACAGCAGACCCGAUGUAUAAUCAUGAUGCAAUGCUCACUAUUGGAAGAAGAGCAAUGGGAUCUUUAGCUGUUAAGUACGACACUCAAUAUAGAGUUGGAACUUCAAAACAAGUUUUCGAUGGCGCCACAGGCGUGUUAGCUGAUUGGGUCAAGUUCAGAUUCAACCCGCCCGUCGUGGCCACAUACGCGUUGAGAGACACGGGGGCAUGGGGCUAUACGCUACCCGUGGACCAGGUUCUACCAUCGUGCGAAGAGACCUUCGAUUCAGUUAUGGCUAUCAUACGAGAGGCCAAGUUUAUCAAUGUGUUGUAAAAUUGAAAUAAAAUUGUUUUUUUGUUAUUUUUUUUAUA